AUUGGAAAGGCUUUGCAAAGGGCCGCCACAGAAGGGGGAAGCCUACAACGCAACGACUACAACUAAAUACGGGCAAAACGCUACUGUUGCUGCCGCUGUUAGUGGAUUAUCAACGACCAACAACAACAACAACAUCAACAACUACAACAUUAACGUCAUAACAACACAACCAACAUUGCAACAACAACGAACCUUGUUAGAAACAUCCACUGGUAACAAUUUCGAAGCGGUGCCACACAACCACACGUGUCCAGAGCUUUUGUUAUAUCAGGAACAGUCAAGGGAUAACUUCACAACCCGCAAUCCAUUAUCAACAGCGGCAGCAACGGCAGCAGCUUCAGCCACAGCCACAGCCCCAACCCCAGCCAAUUCCACCACCUCCGCCAACACAAGUAAAGCAGUAGCAGCAGCCGCAGCAACAACUGCCACAGCGCCGCCGAAAAGCUCACGCAGCCGUAGCCAUAAACAACGCAGUAACAGCACCAGCAUCACCACGAAUCCUCACGGCAAAAGCGGUUCAUCGACAGCGGCAGGCCAUUCGGGCACUGCCACGAACAUCAAACAGAGCGCCAGUCGCAACAGCAAUAUACGCAGCUCAUCGUCGAACAGCACAAUGGCCUCGUCGAAUCACAGAGGCGGGGGCGGCGGCGGCGGAGGGGGCGGCACAGGUGGCGGUGGCGGUCAUGGUCAUGCCGGUUCCGGUCUACAAAUCGGCUCAGCGUGGUUUCAGCGCAAAAUCAAUCUCAGACCCCAGCAUCGAGGUGUUCAUUUAGUGACGGAGGAGAUACUCCGACAGAUGCCAGAAUUAUCACAGUUUUCGGUGGGAUUAUGUCAUGUGCAAAUUUUACACACAUCAGCGAGUUUAGCGUUAAAUGAAAGUUGGGAUCCGGAUGUCAGAGACGACAUGGAAAUGAUGUUAAAUAAAAUAGUUCCCGAAGGAUUACCCUAUAGGCAUUCAUGUGAAGGUCCUGAUGAUAUGCCUGCCCAUGUGAAAGCCUGCUUUCUCGGCAGUUCAUUGACAAUCCCCAUAACGGAUGGUAAAUUAUCCCUUGGCACUUGGCAGGGUGUUUGGCUAUGCGAGCAUCGUGAUCAGGCCGGUUCACGAAAAUUGGUGAUAACAUUAAGCGGGUGUCCGAGAGAAACGGCACGCAGUCCCCUAUCACCGGUGUCACCAAUUGCCUCCACAUCCAGUUAGGGAAGGCCUCGC